AAGCACGCUCUCAUGGCAUUUCUGGGCCUCAUCAAUUACUGUCGUCAAUGGAUCCCUGACUGUUCAAUCUAUGACAAGUGUUUGCGUUCAGCUAUAAGUCACUCAGAUCCUUUGACUCAGCCCCUGGUCUGGACUGAGGACAUGCUAACGGCCUUCAAGGCUCUGAAGCAAGCUUUGUGCUCCGCCCCUGCUCUCGGGCUGCCGAACUAUCGUUUGCCGUUUCACCUGUAUGUGUGCAAUCAGAAGGGGACCGCAUCUGGGGUGCUGGCUCAGGAGCACGGGGGGGGCAUGCGACCUUGCGCGUUUCUGUCUAAAACUCUUGACGCUGUGGCACAAGGGCUUCCUGGCUGUCUUAGGGCUGUUGCCGCGUGUGCUCUCAUGGUCACGGACGCUGAAAAACUUGUUUUGUUGCAUCCGCUCAUUUUACACACUUCACAUGACGUCGUGUACAUUCUGCGGAAUCUUAGCACUCAGCAUUUGUCUGCUCAGCGUCGCUCUGGCUAUGAGUUUAUUCUUUUGGCCACAGAGCAUCUCACUGUUAAGCCCUCCUCGUCGUUUGAUUCUGUCGCCCACGCUCUUCAGCGUCUUCUUAACUCACAGGAUGACGAUGUUGCGUUUGACUCACAUGACUGUCUUUCUAAUAUCGUUUUUGAAACUAGCAUCCGCCCAGACUUACACUCCACCCCUCUUUCCACAGGCGAUUCUCUUUUUGUAGAUGGUUCCUGUUCCCGCCCUGCGGAUGGUGUGUUCCUGUGUGGUUACUCUGUUUGUCGCCUCCCUGAUGAAAUUGUUGAAGCUCAUUCUUUGCCUUUUUCUUCUGCUCAGGCUGCGGAGCUCUAUGCUUUGACUCGCGCAUGUAUUUUGGCUCAAGACACAGACGUUACUAUUUACACCGACUCACGCUACGCUUUCGGCGUGGCGCACGACUUCGGCCGCAUUUGGGCGUCUCGGGGGUUUACGACAGCCGACGAUUUUUGUGUUUCAGAAAGUUGCUGUGACAAUAGCUGACGGCCUUUUCAGGGAUCCCCUUCCAGCAUCUGGAGCAAUCCAGUUUCGGCUGAUCUACAAAGAGGGGAUGGUUGGUGAGUCUUGCAAAGUUCUGGGCUGAAGAGUCUGAAAAGCACGGGAGCCUGUGAUAUUUUUCGCCGUCUGCACCCUGUGAGCAUUAGAGAACAAAGUCAGUGACCAGUAUGACUUUCUUCAUCAUCGUGCUGAUCUCAACGCUUGGGGCAGGGUUACCCGCACAAGCAAUACACCGGGACCCAAGGGAUAACGAGUUUUGGAAAUAUAUAAACUUCACUGUAAAAACAUCAAUGAAUAUGAGUAUACCUUGUUAUGUGUGUUCUUUGUUACCCCAUGACAGCAGCGAUCCUUUUCCGGUCCGAAUAG